AUGUGGGACUUGGAUUUUUUUCUAAUUGCUACAAUUGAGAGUCUCCAUCAAAUAACUAUAGGUGAAUUGGUGUUCCUAUCAGAGCAAGAACUAGUAGAUUGUGUUAGAGGUGACAGUGAAGCUUGCCAUGGUGGUUUUGUGGAAAAUGCCUUUGAAUUUAUUGCCAAUAAAGGUGGAAUAACAAGUGAAGCAUACUAUCCUUACAAAGGAAAAGAUAGAAGUUGUAAUGUUAAGAAGGAGACUCAUGGUGUGGCACGGAAUAUAGGGUAUGAGAAAGUUCCUUCUAAUAAUAGUGAAAAGGCACUCCUAAAAGCUGUGGCAAAUCAACCAGUAUCAGUUUAUAUUGAUGCUGGAGCACCUGCUUACAAAUUUUACUCAAGUGGGAUUUUUAAUGCAAGAAAUUGUGGAACUCAUCUAGACCAUGCUGCUACAGUUGUUGGUUAUGGUAAACUUCAUGAUGGUACUAAGUAUUGGCUAGUAAAAAAUUCAUGGAGCACUGCAUGGGGUGAGAAAGGGUACAUAAGGAUGAAGCGAGACAUACAUUCCAAGAAAGGCUUAUGUGGAAUUGCUUCAAAUGCCUCUUAUCCAAUCGCUUAA